AUGAAACUAGUCGAUCAAGUUGUUAGAAGUUUUAAGGUAGCAAAAGUGUUUCGAGAAAACACGGACAAAAUAAACAGUAUAGACUUUUCACCUAAUGGCGAGACAUUAAUAUCAUGUAGUGAAGAUGAUCAAAUUGUUAUAUAUGACUGUGAAAAAGGCACUCAAAUGAUUACAGUUAAUAGCAAGAAAUAUGGUGUUGACUUAAUACAUUUCACACACGCCAAAAAUACAGCCAUUCACAGUUCUACAAAAGUUGAUGACACAAUAAGAUAUUUGUCUCUUCAUGACAACAAAUACAUUAGGUAUUUUCCAGGUCACACAAAAAAAGUUGUUACACUUUGUUUGUCACCAGUGGAAGAUACAUUUUUAUCUGGAUCCUUAGACAAAACAUUGCGUCUUUGGGAUUUACGUUCACCAAAUUGUCAAGGUUUAAUGCACUUAUCGGGACGACCUGUUGCAGCUUAUGACCCUGAAGGACUUAUAUUUGCAGCUGGAGUUAAUUCUGAAAGUAUAAAACUAUAUGACUUGAGGUCAUUUGACAAAGGUCCUUUUGUUACAUUUAAAUUGAAUCAAGAAAAGGAAUGUGACUGGACAGGAUUAAAAUUUUCACGUGAUGGAAAAACUAUGUUGAUAAGUACAAAUGGAUCAAUUAUACGGUUAGUGGAUGCAUACCAUGGUACUCCUCUUCAGACAUUCACUGGACAUCUGAACAACAAAGGCAUACCUAUUGAAGCAUCAUUUAGUCCCGAUUCACAGUACAUUUUUAGUGGAUCUACAGAUGGUAGAGUACAUGUGUGGAAUGCAGAUACUGGAUACAAAGUCUGUGUUUUAAAUGGAGAUCAUCCAGCACCAAUUCAAUGUGUUCAGUUUAAUCCUAAAUUUAUGAUGCUAGCAUCUGCAUGUACUAAUAUGGCAUUUUGGCUCCCUACAAUUGAUGAUGUUUAA